GUAAUUUGUUUAUUAUUUAGUAUCUUUAGCUUUUAAUCCAUUCAUGUUAAACUUAGUAAUGUUUUCUUGAUAAUUUUUUUCAUCAAAAUGUAGGCAUUGUAAGGCAGGGCAGACUGCUGUAGUCAAGGACAAAAGAGAGAAGCAGCAACAGGAUAAGCGCCUAAUUUUGACAAUGGAGGCCCUCUCGAAGGCACUCCAAGAGUUAUCUCAAGUGGUAGGAUUCCUUUGGAAUGUUUUUAAUUUUACCAUAAGCAGUCUGGCUUUCCAUCCAUGAGGGUUCGCCCAUGCAGCCCAGGACAAAGCAUUUAUACUAUGAACACGCAAACCAACUUCAUCUGGUUCUGUUGGAUGGUGUGAAUGUAAAGCGUCAAGAAUACUUUGCUGAUAGUCCUUCAACUGGGAUGGGUCCUGUCUCUAGAGAAGAUCAAUAAGUUGAGUUGAAUUGCACUCUUGUUGUUGGUCAAUACACUUGUUUCAUUGUUUGGAUGCAACAUAUGCUACUAUUUCUAAUUUACUAGAACAAAUUGAUCUGUUUUCCUGCAGCAUAUUGCAUUUUGACUUUCCCGAUCAUUAUUCAAUGGGAAAACAGUUUCUCUUUUGUCCUCUCUCUCUCUCUCUCAUAUAUGUAUGGAUAUUGCUUAACAAUAUUCAAGCAGGCUAGAGAAAGGGUGCAUUAAUUGGGGAAUUUAUCAAAAUAUUGAGUAACCUCCAUGCUUACGGAAUUGAAUUUUCCCUUGAAUGCAGACUUUCCCUUCCUGCCAAGCAGCUAGUUAAAUGAUGUUCUUAACAGUAUGAAUUUGACCAUUCUUCUACUGAAUUUGACCAUUCUUCUACUCUUUCUCCGUCAAAUACUUACAUUC